AUGGCGGUAAGUUCUUCCAAGACUUCGGCCAAUCGGAUGGCCAAGAUCAAAGCAAUUUUCAGCUGCAUGUGUGUGCCCUACUUGGUCGCUGCAAUAGCAGUCGCUUGGCAGGCCACAACAACCCCAGCUUUGGGAGAGCUCCAAGAAGUCGACAUGCGAGGGAAGCGGGUGCUGAUAACCGGCGCCACCAGAGGACUUGGUCUUUGGCAAGCAGAGGCACUGGCCGCGUGGAAUGCAACCUUGAUUCUCCCCGUGCGGGAUAUGAAGAAGGGGAAAGCUUUGGAAGCGAGGUUCAAGAAGGAGCACCCAAACGCGCCUCCACCAGUGAUUGUGGAAAUGGAUCUAGCGUCUCUGCAAAGCGUCCGAGAUUUCGCAGAGCAGUACAAAGGGCCAGUUGAUGUGUUGGUGCACAAUGCCGCUGUUUUGGGUACUGGAGACCUCAUCCGUACUCAGGAUGGUUUCGAAGAGUGUUUGCAGGUCAAUUACCUUUCAACGUUUUUGCUCACAUCGCUGUUGCUUCCUCGGUUGGAGCAAAGCUCUGAGGCACGCAUCGUACACGUCUCGGCCAAGGCCCAUGAGUGGGGAAACAUCAAUAUAGAGGAUUUGAGGACCAGGAAAGUGCUGGAUUUGGAUUUUCCAAAAAGGAAAAUGCGAAUGAUGGGGAACCUUGGUGGCUCCUACGCCGAUUCUAAGCUAGCGCAGGUGCUGUUUACACUCGCCUUAGCAAGACGUUUGGCUCCAAACGUUGUCACCCACAGCUUGCACCCUGCAAUUGUUCCGACUGGUUUGCUUCCUCAUGAAUCCUUUGGAGGGCUGGAGAGGUACUUGCAUGCCUACAUCAUGACGCCUGUUGCCAGAUGGGUUGGCUUCAUGCAGUCAGAGGAGGAUGGUCCAAAGACUCAAAUCCAUGUGUCUACACAUCCUUCCGUGCAGGCGGCAUCAGGACGCUAUUACUCAGCACUGUCACCUCCUUUGGUGAAUUGCGGCAUGCAGGCGGAAGACUGUGGAGUGGCGAGCGUUUCAGCCACUGCUUCCAACCGCCUCUUGCAAGAGGAACUCUUUGAAGCAUCGUGUGAACUACUUGGCUUGACAGACGGUCUUUGCAGCGAAGCAUGA